GCUUGGUCGCAAGGAUACCGCCGUCCAGCGUCCUGUCCCCCGUAGUACGGCGGUGCGCGGGCGCGGAGACACAGCGCAUUACUUGUGAUAAGUUUUUUGGGUCAACCAGUGAAGAUGACGGUGAAGAAGAGACCCUCGGACCUGACGAGCCUGGAGCGGUUCAACCUGUACUACCGAGAGAAGGAGGAGCCGCUGCCGAAGGGGGAACGCAUCAAGAAGUACAUCUGGAACCCCAAGACCAGGGAGUUCUGCGGCCGCACCGGAUCAAGCUGGUCGAAAAUCGCAACCUUCUACAUCGUGUUCUACUUGGUGCUGGCGAUCAUCGUGGCCAUCUGCAUGUGGACCUUCCUGCAGACCCUGGACGCGCGGCAGCCGCGGUGGCAGAUGGAGAGCUCCAUCAUCGGGACCAACCCCGGGCUGGGCUUCCGUCCCAUGCCCCCGGAAGUCGCCAGCAGCGUCAUCUGGUACCGGGGCAACGACCCCGGCAGCUACCAGUUCUGGGUGCGAGAGCUGUCCAAUUUUCUUAAAACGUACAAACGCGACGCGAACAAAUCGAUCGCCGGCCAGAACAUCCACAAUUGCGACUUCAAGCUGCCGCCGCCCGCCGGCAAGGUGUGCGACGUGGACGUCAACGCCUGGGGACCCUGCACGGAGGAGAACGGCUUCGCCUACCACAUGUCGACGCCCUGCAUCUUCCUGAAGCUCAACAAGAUCUUUGGCUGGAAGCCCGAGUUCUACAACAGUUCCGACAACCUGCCCGCCGCCAUGCCCGAAGACUUGAAAGAGCACAUCAGAAACAUGACGGCAUAUGAUAAGAAUUACCUGAACAUGGUGUGGGUGUCGUGCCAGGGGGAGAACCCGGCGGACCGCGAGAACAUCGGCCCCAUCCAGUACCUGCCGUACCGGGGAUUCCCCGGAUACUACUUCCCCUACACCAACCAAGAGGGCUACAUCAGCCCUCUCGUCGCGGUGCAUCUGCAGAGACCUAAAACCGGAAUGCUGAUCAACAUAGAGUGUCGCGCCUGGUCACACAACAUCAAGUACGACAGAGGGGAGGGCAUGGGCUCCGUGCACAUCGAGAUCAUGGUGGAGUAGACCAGCUGUAGCCGUAGCCAAUCAUAUUGUGAUAAUUGUGUGAAUGAAUAAAACUCACAUCUAAUACAA